AUGACGACUUUGCAUCAAGCUGGCCGCCCUCCUCCCGAGGAUGAUCUACCCCCUGGCACCGUUCUUCUCGUUCGAGAAGAUGACGACGCUGCCAAGGACCGACGUCCCUCCAUUGUUUCAAGCCCGGUUCCAUCAAGCGAUCCCAACGAUCCUCUGAACUGGAGCAGAGCACGCAAAGCAGUCAACUACUUGCUGGUCCUGGCCUUUAGCUGCCUGGUUUUCACAGCACUGACGGUUCAGAUUAUUUUUUGGCAGCCCAUGGUUGACGAUCUCAAUGUUACAUUUGAUGAUCUCCUCCGGGCCCAGUCGGCCAACUUUGUUGGCCUGGCAGUUGGAUGCGUCAUUGUGCUCGCCAAAGUCGUUCUGGUCCGCAAGAUGACGACUGUCCCAGAACUGCACGUCACCAAUCUGCUGCAGGGCCUCGGCGCAGCCGUCACUGAAGCCAUCGUGCAAAUCACGGUUGGCGAUCUUUUCUUCGUUCACCAUCGAGGAGGCAUGAAUGCCUGCAACAUAACGAUGGUGAUGAUUGGCUGCUUCAUCGCGCCAAUAGCAGCUGGUGUGCAAGCGACGCGACAGAGCUGGCGCUGGUCAUACUACAGCCUAGGAAUCACCAACGCCAUCCUGCUGCUGUUCUUUGUCUUCUUCUUUGAAGAAACCAAAUACGUCAGGUUGAACGAGGCUCCUCGCGAAUCAAACACAGCACCAGUAGUAGAGCGUCAAGGACGACCCAUGUUCGCUCCGCAGAAGCCGACAAGCACCGAGUCUGACGACCCUUCUGCCAGCCAAGUCAUGGCUACGACCGAAAAAGAAAAGCUCGCCCAGCUCGCCCCUGCUUCUGGAUACGUUACCUCGCACACUCACACGAUUGACCUGUCUGUUCCAUUAAAACCCCUGAAGGAACGUCUUGCCCUGCACACAUACUCCAGCGAAUCCUUAUUGCCUUGCUAUUAUCGCCCUUUUAUCGUUCUCUUUUCCUUUCCCGUUGUUCUCUGCUGCGCCAUCCAGCUUGGCUGUGGCAUCAUGUGGUACUUCAUAAUGCUGAGUGUCUCCUCCAUCGUGUUUUCUGCGCCACCCUAUUCCUUCACCCCUGAAAUGAUAGGCUUGCUGAAUCUCGGCCCAUGA